CACGUGGUCGUCUGGCUGGCUCUCCGCUGUGGCACUCGUGUUUGGCAGAGUAUCGAUUUUUGGCCAGUGUUCACUUGGAUGCUGUUCAGGCCACGAGUGGAAUAUGGUUCUGAGUGUUUAACCCAUUCAUUGUACCGUUUCAAGUUGUGUUAAGUGAAAUCCGACAGAAGCUCCACAAACAUGACGAAGGACAGACUUGCAGCGCUCAAGGCGGGUGAACUGAUGAAUAGAAUUGAGAAUCACGUUCAGGAAGCACAGGACUAUGUGGACACUGCCAAACAGGAUACUAAGAAAGCCAUCAGAUACCAAAGCAGAGCGAGGCGGUUGUAG